AUGGCUAAGAAGUUAUCGCUAGCAGAUAAGUAUGCCCUAGCCAAGGGUAACUCGUCAUCCAGUCAAGCAAAAGGUGAGUUGACUUCACGAUACAAGGCUGGCUCAAGUUCUCGAAUUGAUCUAUCCUAUAGGCGUAAGCUGCCUAUUGAGAGAAUGACCAACUCCUCAAGAUUCUCCGGGACUGCUAAUAGAACACAAAGCAUUCCUGGAACAUUUGGUUCACCAAUCAAGGCUCUCCACUCGACUCCUUCGAAGGCAAAACGACCAUUUUCCAUGUACAAGAUUCUUCCUUACCUGCCCCAGAAGAUGGAAAUCAAAGCGAAGUUCAGCAACAAAGUGCAGAAAGACCGUCUGUGGUUGAAGAGGAGCAUUCUACCAGAAUUGGUCCAAUCGAAGAAUGCUGGAGUAUUUGGGAAACUUCGAGGUUUUUUGACCGGCCUCAAGCCUCCGAAUGAUGAGUUCAAAAGACUCAGUACUUCAAUCAAGAAGGAAUUGAACAUUCAACCAGAAGACAAGAGCUCUAAAAAAAAAGCUGACAAUUUGGACUUCGAUGAGGUGGAUGCAAACGUUCAAUUGGCAAAGAAAAGCCUUGAGGAGCAACGAUUGCGCAAAAUCCAGCUCGAACUCGAGGAGAAAGUUAAACAACAGGAUGAAAAGAUCCGAGAACUCACAAGUGAACACGAGCGAGAACUAUACUUAACAAAGGCAAGUUACGAGGCCCGUAUUGUGGAGUUGAACGAGAGAGUCAGUCAACUCAGUGAAAUGGCAGCAAACACACAUAGGGAGAUCGAGAACGAGCGCUUGAAGGAGUUGGAGAAAUCUGUUAGGAAAGAGAACGAGUCUUUUUUGGUUUACCAGAAGGAAACAGUGCGGAUGUUUGAAGACAUGAAGCUGCGAUUGGAAGAAAAAGAGAAAGAGCUCAACAAGAAGGAAAGAGAAAUCCAAGAAGAAGCGAGAAAAAGCCUAUUCAGUUCACCAAAGCUGUUUGUUACACCGAAAGCUGAGCCCUCCGAUCCGCCUUCCGAGACUGUUGCUACGACUUCCCACAACACUAGUUUUGCUGAAAUCAAUAUCGAGCACGUGAAUGCCAUGUCAGCAUUGAACAAGGAGCAUAUCAAGUUGGAGACCGAGCUCAAGAAAACUGAAAAACAAUUUAAUCACUUGUUAUACUUGGUGAACACCUUGCCCGAACAGCUCUUUCUGAAGGACAACUUGACGGAAAGCCAAUGGAAUUCGCAGAUUCUCGAGCUACGGUCAGAAUUGGAAAACACCAGUGGACAAACAGAAAAGCCUGCUAACCCAUACGAGGAGAAAUUGAGUGCCCUUGUUUCUUUUUUGGAGAGAUUUAGAGUUGAGUUUGCUGAGGACAAGCAGAAAGCAUACGAGCUGUACGAACCAAAAAAACUCCAGCAAACGGAAAGGAAAGUCAAGCAGCUAACGAAGUCGGUCAGAAAGAAGCAGACGAAAAGGGAGGUCAAUAUUCGAGAGUUGCAGUACGUGGUCAAUCUGUUGUUGGUAGACGAGAAGAACUACGACUUCUUAACAAUGAAGGAGUCGAUUAAUGGAUUGAGAGAAAUAACCGACCUCUUGCGCCAACAAGAUGUUGCUGUCUCCACACUCAAACAACUCACCACCAUCCAGAAAAAACUCGAGGAAAUUCACCUCAUUGUUGGCGACCACAAGUAA